AUGGCGCUACCUUCGCACCCGACCGUGUUCAGCAAGCCCCCCGACGCCCUCAACGGGCCAUUCUCCCAUGUGGUCAUCAACCCUUCCUGCCCGAACCUGGACUACGAGGGCGAGCUAGUCAUUGUGGUGGGCCAGGACUGCAAGAACCUGGCUAGCCGGGAGGAGGCUGUUGACAAGAUCCUGGGCUACACUGUGGGCAACGAUGUCAGCAGCCGCUGGUGGCAGAUGCCGCAGCAGGGCGGCAGCACUGGUUUUGCCAAGGGGUUCGAUGGCUUCGCGCCGAUCGGACCCGUGAUCGCUGCGCCUAAGGCGGUUGGCGGGCACGACGACGACGGGAUCAAAAGCCAGACGAUGAUAACAAGGGUUAAUGGCGAGGAGAGGCAGCGGGCGAGGAUGGACGAUUUGUUGUUUGAUGCGGCCGCUCUGCUCAUGCAUCUGUCAACUGCAGUCACUGUGCGUGCUGGGACACUGAUUAUGACCGGUACGCCUAGUGGUGUUGGAUUUUUCAUGAAGCCCCAAACGUGGUUGGAAAAGGGUGAUGUUGUUGAGGUCAGUAUUUCUGGGAUCGGCACUAUUCGGAACAAGUUCGAGUAG